GAUUGAUUAGUCGAGCUCUUCGCCAUCUAGUGACAAUUUGCGAAAUCAUAACAGAGAAGAUUCUACACGAAAGUCGAGAAAAAAAUUAAUAAUUUAGACUGAAAUAUGUUUAGUUUCGAAGGGAAUUUCAGGAGAAAGCCCGUCCAGUCACUACGAGGAGCCAGUAAAAAGUCUGUCGUCUUGGAAACCAACUGCAAAGCCAAAGAAGAUGAUUAAACCGAGUAGCAAGCUAAAAUCAAUUUACCGGUUGUAAAGGGAGAUAACUGGGAACAGAAGGAAUCCUUGAUAAAAAGAGUUCAAGAUGAAAGACAGAAACGAGAGGAUCAAAGACAGAGGCAAUCAAGUGCUAUCAAAAUACAGAGUUAUUAUAGAAGAUUUACAUGUAGAAAGAUACAGAUUCAGAGAUGUCGUCUAGAAUUUGAUGCCCAGUUAGUAUGUUUGAAGAAGAACCAAAAUAUUAGUAAUGGAAUCCUUCACAGCCUGGUUGUUAAACUGUGUUAUUUCUUUACACCAGAAAAAGAUGGUCGAAGACUUAAUUUGAUAUUCCAACAUAUAUUGAAAGUAAAAUUAGAAUAUAUAAAGUAUGUAGAUGAUAUUCAUCAAGGAGGAUUAUAUCAUCUAGAAAGAUUGUUAAAGAUAUCAAUACGAUAUUUAACGAAUAUAGCAACUACUUGUGAACCUAUAGCUUUACCAAUGAGAAUGUUAGAGGUGUUUACAUCACAUUUUACAUAUAAAGAUACAUGUUUAUCUGGCAAACACAACAAUCAUAUAGUCUUUCAUAUUUUACAGUUUCUUGUAUUUCAUGGCUAUUUUGAGUGUAUGCGAUGUAUAUUAAAUGAGAAAGUACCACCUAGUAUAGAAGAUAGAACAAUAAUACCACCAACACCAGUAGCUAGUAGUAUAUUUGAUCUGAUUAUGAAUCCAAUACAGUUUGCCGCUUCUUCAUCAAAUAAACAGUUCAGUUGUAGAGUUUUGCGAUCAGUUACUUCAACAUUCUUAUGCCCGACCUAUACGGAGCAAGUUGGAAAAUUUUUACUUCCGGCAAUGGCUUAUGGAAAAUAUCCUUUUCCAUUUGUUAAGCUUAUACAAUGCCUGAUUGAUUAUAUGCCAGAUAAAAGUAUAGUUGUUUAUGGUAUAAGUCCAUCACCUUAUUUAUUAGCAUCUGUACUGUCCGUAGCUGAUACAAAUAUUGGUAAUCUUGAUCCGAAAGAUGCUUUUUUAUACUUAAAACUAUUACAAGUAUUAUUACCACAGUUACCAUCACCUAAAUCUUAUGAUUACAAUACUGAUGAUUCAGAUAGUGAAGAAGAUAUAAUGGUAGAAGAGGGAGGCGAAUGCAACAACAUGUGUGAGUUAAGAGAACAUUUGUUAAAUCUCUUGGAUUCUUCCAAUCAUAGAAGCUGUAUAUUAAACUUUAUACACCAUAUGAAUGAUACAAGAGUAUUGGAAGCUUUAUGUAGUGUGAGCCAUACACUAUUAUCAACACAAAAGAUAUCUGUACAUAAGAUGAUGUUAUUAUAUAGUUUAGCAUUUAAUACACAGUUUGUAAGAAAUUUAUGGUAUGCAUGUACAUCUGUUGCUACAAGAACAUGUACAGGGUCAAGUACACCAUUAUUAUCUAUGUUAGGUAGAGGUUUACCCAUGACUGAAUGUGAUAAAAAUCGAAUUAUACCAUUAUUAUAUGUAUUUUGUGCCAUGUUUAGUCAUUCCUUGUUAACAUUACAUGACGCUGAUUUCUAUGGUGAUGAACACAAUCAAAUUUCAAACAUGCCAUUUUCUAUGUCUGAAUUAAUUCCAAUGAGUUUAGCUUUAUGUGAAUCGUGUAUUGGUAUAAUAGAAUUAGCUCAUCCUGAUGCUAAGUUAUCUAUUAAUGAAGAUUACAGACAAGCUUUACUUAAAUCUGGUAUUAAACAUCGUAAACUGGCAGCUGAAUUAGAAGAUAAAGAAACUAAGUUAUGGGCCGGUCUCUUUAAGGUUAUCUCUACAUUGGUGCGUCAGUUACAUAAUCGUGAUACACGACGUCCAUUCUGUCCCCAGUCUCACUGGUUAUCUAGUCAUAUCAGUAUCCAGGCUGAUAGGCCAUCCCAGAUAUACCGUACACAUAAUGCUGUAUUUACUAGACGACCGUUAGGAUCUUUACAAUCUUUGACCAAAACAAGUUAUGAUGAUGAUGGCCCUCCAUUAGCUAACAGAGAUGUGAGAAAUUUAGUUAUUUUAACGGAACUACCAUUUGUUGUAUGUUUUGCUGAAAGAGUCAAGAUUGUUCAGCGAUUAAUUAUGUCAGAUAAAGAAGGCAAUCAGGGAGAAACGACAAACUUUAUCAUAGGACCAGCUAUUAAUGUUGUUAUACGAAGAAACUAUAUCUAUGAAGAUGCUUUUGAAAAACUUUCCAGCGAAAAUGAGCCAAACAUCAAGUUAAAGAUGAGAGUACAACUAAAAAAUGCAGCAGGUUUAGAUGAAGCUGGUAUUGAUGGUGGAGGUGUCUUUAGGGAAUUCCUAACAGUUUUAUUAAAAUCAGCCUUUGACCCCAACAGAGGCUUCUUCAAAAUCACAACAGAUCAUUUGUUGUAUCCAAAUCCACAAGCCUCUUGUCUGGAAGGAGAUUUUACUAAACAUUAUUAUUUUAUAGGAAGAAUGCUAGGAAAGGCUAUAUAUGAAAACAUGUUAGUGGAACUACCAUUUGCUAGUUUUUUCCUAGCAAAAAUUUUAAGUCGUCACAACUCUAAUCUGGAUAUACAUCAUUUACAAUCAUUAGAUCCUGUCAUGUACAAGAAUCUGUUAUAUUUAAAGAGUUAUGAGGGUGAUGUCAGUGAAUUGGGCUUAGAUUAUACUGUUGUCAAUAGCGGUUUUGGUGAAACAGAGGUAAUCGAAUUAAAAAUUGAUGGUCGAAAUAUAACAGUGAAUAAUGAUAAUAGAAUAGAAUAUAUACAUUUAAUGGCUGAUUAUAGACUUAACAAACAGAUAAGAAGUCAUUGUACAGCUUUUCGACAAGGAAUGGCGGAUGUUAUAAAUUUAGAAUGGUUACAGAUGUUUAAUCAUCAGGAAUUACAGGUUUUAAUAUCUGGUUCAUCAAUACCUAUAGAUAUAGAUGAUCUACGACAACAUACAAACUAUUCAGGUGGUUUUACUGAUCAGCAUCCAGUAAUUCAGAUAUUUUGGAAAGUGGUUUAUGGUUUCACAGAUAAACAGAAGAAUCAGUUAUUAAAGUUUGUUACAAGUUGUUCACAACAGCCAUUAUUAGGUUUUAAGGAUUUAUACCCAGCUUUUUGUAUACAUGAUGCUGGCCAGGAUUUAGAUCGACUGCCAACAGCCUCAACUUGUAUGAAUUUAUUAAAACUGCCACACUUUACAGAAGAAAAUCAACUACGACAUAAACUUUUAUACGCAAUUGAAUCAAAUGCUGGAUUUGAAUUAAGUUAAUAUAUUGUAUAAGAUAUAUUUUAUGUAUGCUACGAUCGUAUAUAUAAAAUAUUUUUAUACGCCCACAUUGAAAUAUCAAUCAGAUAUUGACUUUAGCCUGUAGAGCAUCCACAAGCAAUUGUGGAUACCGGACUGAUGAACGGGCGCACGGAUGGACAGACGGAUGGACGGGACUGACGACAAUAUACAACCACAUUUCAACCACAGAUGAAGACGCCUAUUGAUUUUCAGCGAUUUCGGAUAAUUACUGCCAGAGUUAUGGCCCCCGAUCACUUCCAAAAAAUCUUGUGGAUGCUCUAGUGGCUAAAGUUAAUAUCCGAUUGACUUUAAAUUUAUACACAUUGUUUAAGGUCAUGAGACGAAGAAGCCUAUUGAUUUUCAGCGAUUUCCGAUAAUUACUGCCAGAGUUAUGGCCCUUGAUCACUUCAAAAAAUCUUGUGGACGCUCUAGGGGCUAAAGUUAAUAUCCGAUUGACUUUAAAUUUAUAUACAGUGUUUAAGGCCAGAGUUAUGGCCCUUGGUCACUUCAAAAAAUCUUGUGGACGCUCUAGGGGCUAAAGUUAAUAUCCGAUUGACUUUAAAUUUAUAUACAGUGUUUAAGGCCAUGAGACGAAGAAGCCUAUUGAUUUUAAGCGAUUUCCAAUAAUUACUGUCAGAGUUAUGGCCCUUGAUCACUUCAAAAAAUCUUGUGGACGCUCUAGAGGCUAAAGUUAAUAUCCAAUUGACUUUAAAUUUAUACACAGUGUUUAAGGUCAUGAGACGAAGAAGCCUAUUGAUUUUCAGCGAUUUCUGAUAAUUACUGCCAGAGUUAUGGCCCUUGAUCACUUCAAAAAAUCUUGUGGAUGCUCUAGAGGCUAAAGUUAAUAUCCGAUUUACUUUAAAUUUAUACACAGUGUUUAAGGUCAUGAGACGAAGAAGCCUAUUGAUUUUCAGCGAUUUCUGAUAAUUACUGCCAGAGUUAUGGCCCUUGGUCACUUCAAAAAAUCUUGUGGACGCUCUAGAGGCUAAAGUUAAUAUCCGAUCUACUUUAAAUUUAUACACAGUGUUUAAGGUCAUGAGAGACGAAGAAGCCUAUUGAUUUUCAGCGAUUUCAGAUAAUUACUGCCAGAGUUAUGGUCCUUGAUCACUUUCGAAAAUUUUGUGGACCAAUAUUGUCCUUCAAAUUUAUACUCAGUGUUUAAGGGCAUGAGACGAAGAAGCCUAUUGAUUUUUAGCGAUUUUCGAUAAUUACUGCCAGAGUUAUGGCCCUUGAUCACUUUGAAAAAUCUUGUGGACGCUCUAGAGGCUAAAGUUAAUAUCCGAUUGACUUUAAAUUUAUACACAGUGUUUAAGGUCAUGAGACGAAGAAGCCUGUUGAUUUUCAGCGAUUUCCGAUAAUUACUUCCAGAGUUAUGGCUCUUGUUUGCUGCAGCUGUGUUAAUGUAUAUACAUGUCAUAACCAAUAUUUUUGUAAAUAUGCAUUAUAAUGUAUCAAAAAUUUUA